UAACAACAUAUGCUACAAAUAAUAAAAAUGCGAUCAUUUAUUUCACAAAAGAAUUGGCAUCGCUGUUGGAAAAAGCCAUUGUCAGCGAAAAAUUAAGAAAAUUGCACAUUUCUAAUUUAGUUAAAGAACGUGAACGUAGUUUAGAACGUUAA